UAACUUAUGCCUAACUUCUCCAAUUCGUAAAUCCUAAAUCGUGAAUGUACGUGAAAAAGUCGUCUCUUUCGAAAGUGCAGCCUGCUGCUUCUUCUUCAAGGAUUUCCGAAUGUUCGUUCACGUUAUUUAAUCGUUUACUACAUAUUCAGUUAAUUUGUCUAUUUUUCUGCUACUUUACAUUUGCUCCAAACUCUUCGCAUCACCGAUCUUCCUCCUCCUGAUAUGUGUGCUGUUCCAGAGUCAUCUGGACACUGUAACGCUUUAUGUUACCCUGAUUUCUGGUCCAUUCUUUUGGAAUUUUUAAUAUAGCAUUUGUGGGAAACCCAGUUUUUUGGCUGUUCUGAAAGCUAGCAUGGGUAGCAAACUCCCGCAAUCCACAUUAAGUCUGAAGCAGUUUAUGCUGAGGAAAGAGGUGCUGAAGCAGUACAAAACUUUUCUAAAGACUAUUAAACGUGUGCCUGAUGAGCAGAGUAGACUAGAACUUCUAGAUUGGAUCAGACGUGACUACAAGAACAAUAAGCAUCAUUCUGAUGAGCAAACCAUCAAAGUGAUGUUAAAAUUUGGUGAAAAGCACUUGAAGGACUUAGAAACAAAUCUAGAUCUCUCUGGAAAUUUCUAAGAACGACAUCAUACCCUUAGUAUCACCUCUUAGUUAGUGAGCACAAUUCAUUUGUUUGCUCUCACAGAAGUGGAAAAAGAAAUAACAAAACAAAUUCAUAAAUCUCUUGUAGAGUUAUUUGCGUCAAGACAACUUUUCAAGAUGAUGGCUGGGAGUUCCAGAUUUGACGCCAACACUGUGUGCUGCCCCUCUCAUCCAGACGCUAACCUGAUAGAAGACUACAGAGCUGGAGACCAAAUUUGUGAGGAAUGUGGAUUGGUUGUUGGUGACAGAGUAAUCGAUGUUGGUUCUGAGUGGAGAACCUUCAGUAAUGAAAA